UUUCUUUUCGACAGAGAUGUCAGGCUUUAGAUCUGAAACCCUGCGUCGUUAAUCCAAAAUUUACAUGAAGUAUUACAAAAAUUUACAAAUCAGAUAAUCGCCGUGGGAGGAUCCGCGUGGGGAAACUCCGCCGCUUUUGCCUGUUGGUCGGUUCUCGGAGCUCAGGCACACGGUCAGAAUUCCCAAGCAGCUGGCAGCUUCUCUCUUUCAGCACAGCAGAUGCCAGUUCUGAAGAGCAACUUGCUGAGGCUCAGCCCCACAAAGCUACACGGGGGGACAGUGAAGCUGCAGAAGGAGUUGGUAUUGGGCAGAAGAAUGAGUGGUGGGUCCAAUCCUUUUGAGGAUGAUCCGAGCGAGAAGUUGAAUCCCUUUGCAGAAGACUUGGAGUUGGAGAAGAAUCCCUUCAGUGAGGAGGAGGAGGAGGAAGGACAGCACACGGGAGGUUCCAACGGGACCCUGCACUCGAGCAAUGGGCUCACGCCAAAGAAAAACGAUGAGAAGUAUGGAUCACUUCUGCGGAAGAUAUUACCAAAGGAGAAGAAGGGGAAAUCUCCGGCAGAGGAGAAGGGUGGGGAGAAGAAGGGCCUCUUCGCAUCGCCAAGCAGCAGGCGGGGAAAAGUGGAACCAGAGGGCAGGCAGAGGAUGACUUUCCUGAAGCAGGGCAAGGGGAGAGCAGAGACUGGACAGGAGAAGUCAGCAGCCGAGAAAACUGCUGAAGAGGCGGCCAAAGCACAUGAGCCUCUCUCAGUCCUUGAAAUCCUCCAGCUGAUUCAGAAGCAGGAGCUAGCUGCAGCAGACAGGCACAUCAUCGAGCUGGAGGAGGAGUGCGAGCGGCUGGGGCCCCAGACGCCGGAGGGCAAGGACAGCGGGCGGAGGGCCAAGGACGUGGCCCUUCUCUACGAGGAACUGGAGAGCGAACUGGGACGAAUUGUGAGCGGGUGCCUAACCCAGCCCCAGGACCCCUCACACCUGGGCCAGGUGGCACGCACAAUCGAGCAGGAGGAGAGGGCAGACAGGGCCCGGGAGGGGGGAGGGGGUGAAGCAUCACAGGGCAGGAAGCCCAGGGAGCUGAGGAAGAAGUGGAGGGAGGCCGUGAAGGCGUCAGUGAGCGAGAGGCUGUCGCCAGGCCAGGUGGUGGAGAACACUUCUGUGGCUCAGCGCUUGAGAAGCCUCAAGGAGCAGACAGUGGCCGACCUGAUCUCAGUCCGGAAGAACAUCGCUCCAGGAUACCCAAAGGAGUACGAGGCCUUCAACGUCUAUGUGAGGAGCUACCAUGAAGUUGUGUCCUUCUGCCUGUCCCAGAUGGCACAGAGGGACCUGGAAGUACAAGAGCUCUACGUCUUCCUCGAAUGGUGUCACUGCCUUUACUUUAGAGAAGUGCUGGGCCACGCGGAACUGACUGCACACAUCAGUAAACAGCAGCUCGGACCACUGCUACCCAAGGACACCAUCAAGAGGCUGGAGGAUCGCUGUGUUGCCAUGGUGAAGGCCCAGAUUAUGAAGCACAUGGAGACGGAACUGUGUGCAGAGCAGGAGAAGUGGAAACAGGAACGCAAAAGCUUUCAGUCUGAGUUGGCCAGCAGUGUAAUCCAGACACUUAAGAAGCACAUUGAGAAGUCGGCUGCGAUCACAGAGGAACUGGAGGCUCGGAUCGCUGAGAGCAGCCUCCACAUCCUGGCUAACUUCCUGCACAGUUUCCAAGUGAAUGUACAGGAACUUUAUGGUCACUUUGCUGUAACCACAGCUAGUAUGGAAUGUGUGGUCCCGCAGACAAUUGCUGUCGUCAACUGCUGCCCUGCCUUCAGAGACUACGUCGAACGGCUGAUCCAGAAAUUCUCCCCAGAGGGCGAAGAGUGGGAGAGGAAGAUCAUGGAGGCACUGAACAAGGUUGAAAGAGGAGGCAUUAAGCUCUUAAUGGAGAAACUCUUCAGUGAACUGAAGCCACAUUUUGCAAAGCUGUUGAGAAAGAAAUGGCUCGAAAAUACGGAAAGCUUUGAAAGUAUCGUUACCGCCAUCCGAGAGCACUUCAACCAUUUCCACAAGAUGAAAACUCCACCGUACCAGACCCUGGUCAAUAACGUUCACCUGUGGGUGGUCACUGAGUACCUGAGGACGCUGGUGCAGAGGAGGGUGACCUGCUCCUCGGGCGAGAUGCGUGCCAAGCUGGCGCAGCGGAUCAGCGGAGAGUCCGAGCAGCUGCAGGAGCUCUUCCGCAGUCUGAAUUCCACCUUGUCCUGGCUGGACGCUGCUAUUGGUCACCAGGCUGAGAUCAUCAAACUGAAAGAAAUCUCCUCCAUCCAGGUGGAAGUCGGGGUCUUGGUGAGCAGUUAUCCUGAUGUACGGAAGGGUCACAUCUCCGCAGUGCUGCAUAUGAGAGGAGACUUGAGUUCCUCUGAUCGACACUCAAUCCUGGAGACAGUGCAGGAGCUCAACAGCCAGGACAGCGGACUUGAGCCUCCCCAGGACAGGGUGCUCUUCAGUGAAAUAGAUGAGGCAGCCGAGGCCCGUUGCUUCAGGGAGAGCUCUGUCUCCGGCUGCAUGGCUCACUGGCUGUAUGCCAUCCGUGGCAGAUAAUGCAUUGCAAGUUAACAAAUUUCACAUCACAUGCCGGUGAUUUUAAACCUGAUUCUGAUUCUGAUUCUAACACUCAUCUGCAGCUUAGAGGAAACGUGCAGACUCCACAUGGCCAGUGUUGUUGGUCCUGUUCUCUGGCACCGUGAGGCGACGGCUUUACCUACAACACCACUGUGGAGGAGUCGUCACCUGAUGAUACUGAGAUCUCUGAAUCUGUGCAUCCGGAAAAUGCAGAACUUUCUUAUGAGCAACAAAAUUUCAACUCAACGUAAAUUUAUUAUCAAAGUACAUAUAUGUCACCAUAUGAAACCCUGAGAUUCAUUUUCUUGCAGGCAUUCACAGUAGAUACAAAGAAACCCAGCAGAAUCGGUGACACACUGCACAUGACAAGCAAAGACUGACAAACAACCAAUGUGCAAAAGAAGAUGAACUGUGCAAAUACAAAAAGAAAAACAAAAUAAUAACAGUAGAUAAAUAAGAAAUAAAUAAUACUGAGAACAUGGGUUGUAAAGUCCUUGAAAGAGAAUCAGUCCACAGGUUGUGGAAUUCAGUGUUGAGGUGAGUGAAAUUAUCCCCUCAGAUUCAGGGAUAAUAAGCUGUUCCUGAAUCUGAUGGUUUGGGACCCAAGGCUCCUGUACCACCUUCCCAUUGGCGGCAGCGAGAAGAGAGCAUGGCCUGGAUGGUGGGGGUCCUUGACAAUGGAUGACAGAAGGUUCACACCACCUCACGAGGUACACACCCAAUCCGAUGCCCGCCGCCCCACAACAUAUCCCACAUCGACCUCAGGCCACAAACCCGGAGUGGACGCAAGCCACCUCCCACCCUUAGGGACUGGCUGAGAAAGACGGGCAAUAAUGAACGUCAAGCGCUAAAGAUGCUGAAACCCGGAGUAUCACACUCAAAAAGCUGGAGGAGCUUGGCAGGUCAGGCAGCAUGUGAAGAAGAAAAUGGACUGUUGAUUGUUUUGGUCAAGAUGGAUUAGUCUAGAUGAAGGGUCUUUGCUCUCUCCACCCUUCCUUCUGCAGCCCCUCUUCACCCGGAUCCACCCCCCGUCCCCCCUCACCUCUUUGCACUGGCCAUCUCCCCAUUACCCUUUCAACCUGCAACAUUGACUGCACAUGUGCUGCCUGAGUUCCUACAGCAGGUCGCUGCUGCUCCAGAUUCUGCCCACCACAACAGGGGGUCGUCCCCAGUGGUUCUACUUCCAUUUCCAUUCCAACAUUUCCUCCACUGCUGCAAUACUGAGCCGCUCCGGUUGAAGGAGCAACACCCCAUCACAUCACUUCUCUCCAGUGAACCUCUUCCUUCCCUUUUUCCCAUGGGCCACUCUCCUCUUCGAACAGAUUCCUUCUUCUUCAGCCCUUUACCUCUUCCCCUUGUCCCUUCCCAGCUUCUCACUGCAUCCCACCACCCACCAACCAACCCCCUCGUCCGGCUUCACCUACCACCUUCCAGUUUGUAAUCUUUCCCCCUCCCCUCCAGCUUCUUCCCCCUUCCUUUCCAGUCCGGCCUAAAACGUCAACUGUUUAUUCCAACACCGCCCCCCCGCCAGGGAUGCCGCCUAAACUGCUGAAUUCCUCCAGCAUUGUGUGUACUGCAGUCUCCUGUGUCUCCAUUUGCCUAUGAGUCAGUUGUCUGCGAGUUAAUAAACCGAGACUGCUUUGCUGAUGCUAUUUGGAGGGCUGGCCCAGAGCUAUCUGACUUCACUUGUGGCACUUCGAGUUCAGAUCCACCCUUGUCUUCCUGUUGUCCACUGAGUAUUGUGCAGGAAGCUUCAGUCUAGAAUCAACAGCAUUUCUGGACAGCGAUGUUGUUUACACCCCGCUGGUGAUUUCCACUCUGGUCCAGGUCCAACUCUCGGUGGCUGCUAAUAUUAGCCCUAUCGCUCCAUGUGGGAAACAGUCACCACUGCCGGCUGUGCCAAUGCACUGCUCUGUCAGUAGUGUAGCAGUUAGCGUAACACUAUUAGCAGGCCAGAAACACGGGUUCAAUUCCCACUGCUAGAGUUUGGAUGUUCUCCUCGAUAUUGCAUGGAUUUCCUUUGGAAGCUCUGUUUUUCUCCCACAUCCCAAAGGCGUACAGGUUAAUAUGAUGAUAAUGUGGUAAAUUGGAUCAGCAAAUUUGCUGAUGAUAGAUGAUAAUGUGGUAAAUUGGAUCAGCAAAUUUGCUGAUGAUACAAAGAUUGGAGGUGUAGUAGACAGUGAGGAAGGUUUUCAGAGCCUGCAGAGGGACUUGGACCAGCUGGAAAAAUGGGCUGAAAAAUGGCAGAUGGAGUUUAAUACUGUGGUAAACCAUGUAUAUAUGUUGUAACUUGGUUACCUGUCUGGACACACCUCUCUGCUGACUGCCCCUGUGGCUCCUCCCACAGAGUCCUGUAUAAAUGUGUUCGCCUUGCCCCUCCCCCUCAGUCCGGGGGCAGACACUCACUGUGGAGGUCGUAUUGU